UUUUUUUAACCUAAGUUUAUCCGGUCCUUAUUUUAUCUUCUCUCUAUUGCUUUGUUCUACAAAUCAAAAUGGGGAAAAGAACAUCAUACUUAACAGUUCAACCUCCAAAAUGCGGAAAACUUAUUACAGUUCUUAGUAUUGAUGGAGGAGGAAUUCGAGGAAUUAUUUCGGGAGUUAUUCUAGAGCACCUUGAAUCUCAACUUCAGGAACUAGAUGGUGAAGAUGCAAGGCUUGCAGAUUACUUUGACGUAAUUUCAGGAACCAGUACAGGAGGUCUCAUAACAGCCAUGUUAACUGCUCCAAAUGAAAAUAAUCGUCCCUUAUACGCGGCCAAGGAAUUAGUACCAUUUUACUUCGAAAAUGGUCCUCAAAUUUUCCCUCAAACAAGGGGGAUGCUAGCUUGGCUUGUAAAUCUAUGGAAAGCUCUAACGGGAAGCAAAUAUGAUGGGAAGUAUCUCCAUAAGGUGAUAAGGGAGAAUUUAAAGGACAAAAGAUUGCACCAAGCUUUGACAAACAUAGUUAUUCCAACCUUCGACGUCAAGAAACUUCAGCCCACUUUCUUUUCCUCCUAUCAGCUAACACCCGAUACAGGCUUAGAUGCUAAAUUAUCGGACAUAAGCAUAGGGACCUCAGCAGCGCCAACUUAUUUUCCUGCCCAUUACUUUACCAACAAAGAUGAAAAUGGAGUUAUGCGAGAAUUCAAUCUCAUCGAUGGUGGAAUGGCAGCCAACAAUCCUACUUUGGUUGCAAUGAGUGAGGUGAUGAAACAGAUAACAAAGAAGAAUCCAGAUUACUUCCCAGUAAUCAAGCCCUUGGAAUAUGAGCGUUUUAUUGUGAUUUCAAUCGGAUCAGGGUCGAAAAGGAGACAAGGAAAAUACAGUGCUAAAAGGGUUUCAAAGUGGGGGGUUUUUUGUUGGAUAUACGAUGAUGGAUCUACUCCAAUAAUAGAUUGUUACAGUGCAGGAAGUGAGGAUAUGGUUGAUUACCACAUCUCUGUUGUUUUCCAAGCCCUUCAUCAACAGAAGAAUUACCUUAGGAUCAAUGAUGACACGCUACAAGGAGAUUUGUCUUCUAUUGAUGUAACAACGAGACAGAAUUUGGACAACCUUGUUAAAGUUGGGGAGAAUUUGUUGACCAAACCAGUCUCGUGUGUAAAUUUGGAAACUGGUAUCAAUGAACCAGUUCAAGGUGCAGGCACCAAUAUGGAAGCACUCCAAAGGUUUGCAAAAAUGCUCUCUGAUGAAAAGAAGUUCCGUGAAUCAAACUCCCCGCAUAACAGAGCCAAUGAAUAAAAUUAAGAGUGGAUAUGGAAAUUAAUUGGUCAUUGUCGUUUACUACUUAUUAAUUAUUUGUAUGUUUUGAUUUGGAGUUAUUGUGAAAUAAAGCUAUAUUGUUGUGUGUUAA